GAGGUUAGGAGUGAUAAUGUUAUCAUCAAGUUCAUCAAGUUAUCAUUACAUACCCUCAUUAUCGUCGCUUUUAUUUGUGCUUUUUCAUUUAUUUGUUUCCAAGUGUUUCAUUGUCUGCACUGCCAAUUAUCUUCUAAAUUGUAGAUAAUGAAGGUCACUUGAUCUUUAAUACUGGCCGACCAACGUCGUUCAUUUUGCAACAUUUUCGCUUAGGCGUCAUAGUGUUUGGGCAUCAAAUUCAAAGGAGGACGAUACAUUUUGCUUUGUGGAUGUGAAAGCUAUGCACUCGGAGAGAUGGAGGAACCAAUGGACUGGCCCUCUGAGGGGAAGUAUGUUAUCAACGAAGUGAAAGAUUUCGUUCGAGAUAUUGCAAUUUCUAGCCUGGAGAGUGAGCACAAUGAUAAGGUCUAUCUUAACGCUACUACAGCCGAGGGGGACUCAUACUGCAUUGAACUUUGUCAGCUUGGGUUCCGUGUGGUCUCUAAACAGUUCGAUACUAUCAGUCCAGAGGUCAGUGAAGAAAGUCAGUGGUAUGACACACCUUACGCACUUUUCAACUCUCUCAGUCCCAUGUUCAAUAAGCUCUUCUCGCAGAAGCUAGCGGAAAAGUUGCAAAACCUCCAGCGUGAAAAUGGAGACGGGACAGAAUCAGAUUGACAUGGUGACAGUUUUCAGUGUUGGUUUUGUUAUGGUGGUGUAUGUCUUGUCACAGUUCUUUUUCUGUGACUAUGUCUUCAACUCGAUAGCGGAAAAUCCGGUACGGAAGAGCGAAGCGUUGUAAUCACGAUGUGAUUGAUUUUGUCAUUAAAUAACAUCUUUAUCUCUGAGUAAUUGUGAUGAUUACUCUCAAACGCAUUUUUAUCAGUUGACAUGUAGAUAUUUCAGUUAUUUAUCAACCUGCGACUAGAGUUAUGUAAUAUGAGCAAUGCUGUGAAUAGAAUUGAAGCAGUACACCUCCUUAUCACACGCACUCAUGAUUUCUGAUUCAAAAAGUGUUAAAACAUAAAAGGUCAAAAUAGCAUUUUUGUUAAUAUUAGCCAUGACCUUUUUAUUGUACUUGUCUUCUUCUAAUGGUGUGCCAAGAUUUGUGCGAUAGCAGUUCGAGUCUUUCACAUUUCAUAUCCAUUCUUCAAGUAAGCUCACUAAUUAUGUAAGUCACUUUUUUACAAAUUUUGGCAAUUCAUUCGCACCUUCUUAGAAAAAUUGAUAGUGUAACCAGUAGCACUCAAUCACUGCUAAGCAUUCAUUAUGGUCUCCAAAAAGUCUCCUAAAAGUGAGUGCUGAAUCCCAUUUUACUCUUAAAUAAGUAAACAUCAGAAUUUUCAGAUUUGAAAAUUAUCAGGCCUAAAAUUUAUUAGGUGCCAAACUUACCACAUCAACUUUUAGAAUAGCAUCCGAUUAGCAAUGGAUGAUAUCACUUUUGAUGAGCCAUUCUCAAUUUACUUGUUAAAAGUAGUUUCUGUUCUAAUGAUUGUCUCCUCCAGCAUUUUGUGGGUGAUGUGCUAAAUUUUCAUUUCAAGCUGCAGUUUCUUAAAUUUGCUGAUUUUUAUCAAUAAAUUUUCUUUUGUAAUUUCAUUAAUUCAGUAUAAAGAGUAUGUUAUUUUCAACAUUCUCUACAUAUCCUGGUAUGAUGGUGGAUGAAUCAUUCUUGAUGUACAUGAUGAAAAUAUUUUCUAUCAACUUAAUUGCUUGUUGCAAUAUUUUUUGGACAAUCUCAUAAAGUGUCUCAGUGUAUCGCUUCAGCUAUAGCACAGUUUUCCCCCAUCAUGAAUCUUACGUCUAAAUCUUCUAGCCAUACCCAGAAUGAAUGAAAUUCAAGAUGGCUCCAAUUUGCUGCCAAUUUUGUCAAUUGUCAAUUUGGAAAAUUUAAAAAUUUUGUUGAAAAUAAUUGAAAUAUGAGCCCACCCAAACCCCGCUUCAAGGGGAAGCAGCUGUUUUGUCAAUGUUUUCACAUGACAGAUUCAAAUCUGUGUACUCAUUACCCCCUCCAGUUGUUAAUUAUACAGUUAUGAUCCUUUCUAUUUAUUAUAUAUAUUAUAUAAUACCCGCAUCCCCAGAUUUGUCUAAAAAGGCAUUAUUAUGAAGUUUGUCUUUACUUUUUUUCUAUCUCUCAUCUGCUAAUUGCUUGAAUAUCCUCUGAAAAAUGUAUACUUCAUUUUAUACAAUAUUGUAACUAAUUUUCCACUUGCUGCUUGAAUAAAUGGCAUUUUUUACAAAGUUCA